CGCGCCCCCGUCCGGGCUCGUGCGCGCGCCGUGACGUCGACGCCGCCGAAAUGGCAGCGCCGUAAAUAGUCCAAAUCGUCCGCCUCAGUCCAGACGCGCGCUCGCAGCCGGUCGGCGUCCUCCUCCAAACCUUCGCAAGAGAUGGAAUCCGAUCCGAACGGGACUUGGGUGGACUUCUCGGGAGGCGUCCAGCUCCUGGACAGCGAGGACAUCCGAACGGCCGUGCCGGCGUUGCUGGUCGGCGUGUGCGUUUCGGGCGCCGCGGGCAACCUCCUGGUGCUGCUGGUGUUGGCGCGCGACUUCCGCGCGGGGCGAGGCUCCGAGGCCAAGGCUCUGCUCGCCGCGGUGGCCGCCGCGGACGCGCUCCUCCUGGUCCUGUGCGCCCCCGUGCGCGCGCUGGCCGUCUACAAGCAAGCCUGGGUGCUCGGCCGCUUCGCGUGCGCCACCGCCGACUGGUUCCAGCACUCGUGCGUGGUGGCCAAGACGCUCCUCCUGGCGGUCAGCACCCGGGCCAAGCACACCCCGGCGCCCGGCGCCACCGCCGGCGCCGCCGCGCAUCGCGGCUGGAUCCUCUGGGCCGUGGCGUUCGCGUGGCUGGCGUCCAUGAUGUUCGCCAUCCCGCAGAUGCUGUUCGCCGCGUUGCGGCCGCGCGGCGGGCACGCCGGCGUCGUCGUGUGCGUGUCCCGGAUGCCGGCGUGCGCCUCGCACUUCAUGGCCGUCUUCUAUAAGAUCUACCCCGCGGCCGCCUACGUGGGCCCGGUGCUGUUCACCGUGGCCUACUACACCAAGAGCCUCCACGGGGCGCUCAAUUACGCGCCGAGCCCGGGCCGCCAGAGCAAGGUGACGCUGGCGCUGCUGUGUCUGAGCAGCACGCUGGGGCUCCUGCUGCUGCCCGAGUGGGGCACGUUCACCUGGGUGCGGCUGGGCUACCGCCAGCCCCCCGCGGGGCUGCUCCUGUGCGCCCAGGCGCUGGCGUACGCUUGCGGCGCGCUCUCGCCGCUGCUGCUGGUCACCAUGUACGACGACGUGCGCCGCGGCCUGGCGGCGCUCUGCGUGGCGGCCGCCUGCCGCGGGGCCAAGGCGGCCGCGGCCCCCAAGGCGACCGAGGGCAACGGAGCCGAGCUGGGCGGCCCGGGGGCCAACGCGGUGCUCGCCAGCGCCGAGAAGACCUUCCCCGACGUGGAGCACUUUUGGACGGGGCGCAGGAACACGCAGGUGGAGGAGGAGCAGGACCCCAUCCCGUGGGAGAAAGAAGAGAAAAUGCUCUAGUCCGACCGCUGCUGUGCGCUUGGAAGACUUCCAUGGAAGAAUUCGCGUCCCGCGGGCUGCUUUGUCUUUAGAAAUCACGGUCGAACCAGUAACUUCAAACAACAACUAAAAUGCGAUCUUGUCACAUUCGAUAGACAUCAAGCAACAUCUUUAAAAACGUGUUUCACAUUCUACAUAUGUGCAGUUUGUAUAUAAAAUGUCACAUGAUAGCUUUUCAUGUUGUUUUUAUAAAAAG